AUGGUUUAUUGGAAGGGCAUGACUAAGGAUGUGAAGGGGUUUAUCCAACAAUGUAGUAUUUGCCAAAGAUGUAAGUAUGAGACAGUGGCAUCUCCUGGUCUCUUGCAGCCCUUACCUAUUCCUGAGCAUGUGUGGCAACAUAUUACUAUGGACUUUAUUGAAGGAUUGCCUAGUUCUUAUGGGAAACAAGUUAUUUUUGUGGUAGUUGACCGACUAAGCAAAGCAGCUCAUUUCAUGGCAUUAGCUCACCCAUAUACUGCAGCUGAGGUAGCUCAAUCUUUUCUGGACAAUGUCUUUAAAUUGCAUGGGUUUCCUGAAUCCAUAACAAGCGAUAGAGAUGCUAUUUUUGUGAGUCAAUUCUGGAAGGAACUUAUGGCUUUCCAAGGAGUACAGAUUCAACCUUCUAUAGCUUACCACCCUCAGACAGAUGACCAAUCUGAGGUAGUGAAUAAAUGUCUUGAAACUUAUCUCAGUUGUAUGUGUGCUGACACUCCCUUACAGUGGUCUAAAUGGUUGGCUUUAGCUGAAUGGUGGUACAACACCAAUUAUCACAACACAAUUAAAGCAACUCCUUAUGAAAUAGUAUAUGGUCAGCCCCCACCUAUCUACUUACCAUAUCUACCUGGUGAAUCUAAGGUGGAGUUGGUAGACAGAAGUCUUCAAAGGAGGGAGGAAAUGCUUAAACUUUUGAAAUUUCACAUGAGGAGAGCCCAAGAUCGAAUAAAGCAAUUGGUUGAUAAACACAGAUCUGACAGGAAGUUUAACAUUGGAGACUUGGUCUAUGUGAAGUUACAUCCAUAUAGACAAAUUUCAGUAGCUUUCAGAAUCAAUGCUAAAUUGGCUCCUAAGUAUUUUGUACCUUACAAGAUCAUCGAUCAAGUGGGAUCAGUGGCUUACAAGCUGCAACUUCCAGCUGAAUCAAAAAUCCACAAUGUGUUCCAUGUUUCUCAAUUGAAAAAGCAUGUUGGAGAAGUUACUACUUUUGUCAAUAUUCCUAUUUCUGCUACUGAUUCCAGCAAUGAGAAGGAACUAGAAGCUAUAAUUGAUCAUAUUAGACAACUAGUGAAAAUAGCACGAUCAAUUAAGCCUACAGGAGGAAAGGAUUGCAACCGAAAAGCAAGCCAAGCGUCCAAGGUGAGGAAGAAUGAUGGAUCCUUAUUUGUUGGAGCAUUUUGCCAAUCAAAUGUUGGAGAUGUGUCACCAAAUGUUUUAGGAGCAUUUUGCAUCGAUAAUGGAAAACCUUGUGACUUCAACCAUUCUUCAUGCAAUGGCAAUGACCAACUUUGUGUUGGCAGGGGACCCGGUUGUGGAAAAGGAAGUGCUUAUAAUUUUGCAUGGAGCAGAUACCCAGAUGAAAUAUUAAGCACAAAGAUCAUAGGUGAAAGGCAGUUCAAAACUGCUGUGGAACUGUUUGAGUCUGCUUCAGGGGAACUGGUAGGGAAAAUUGACUAUCGUCAUGUGUACCUGAACUUCACAGACAUUGAAGUUAAAUUGGAUAGCAACAAGGUGGUGAAAACUUGCCCUGCAGCACUUGGUCCUGGUUUUGCAGCAGGAACUACAGAUGGACCAGGUGCUUUUGGGUUUCAACAAGGUGAUACAGAGAUUAAUCCAUUUUGGAAGGGUUUGAGGGAUUUACUAAAAGAACCAAGUCAAUAUCAAGUGGAUUGCCAGAACCCAAAGCAAGUUUUGUUGAGCACUGGGGAAAUGUUUGAUCCUUAUCCUUGGGCGCCAGCAAUUCUUCCAAUUCAAAUCAUCAGAUUGGGCAAGUUGAUCAUUCUUUCUGUACCAGGAGAGUUUACAACAAUGGCUGGCAGAAGGCUAAGGGAGGCAGUGAAGGAGACAUUAAUAUCAAGCAGCAAUGGAGAAUUCAAUAAUGAGACACAUGUGGUUAUAGCAGGACUGACAAAUACUUACUCACAAUAUAUUGCUACUUUUGAAGAAUAUAAGCAGCAACGGUAUGAGGCUGCUUCAACAUUGUAUGGUCCUCACACAUUAUCAGCAUACAUCCAAGAAUUUAAGAAACUAGCACGAGCAAUGGUUGAAGGAAUUAACAUCCCUUUGAAAGGUCCUUCACCACCAGAUCUCUCAUCUGUACAAAUAAAACUCUUAUUGGGUCCCUUUGGAGACUCACCUCCAGAAGGAAUCAAAUUUGGUGACAUAAAGGAAGACAUAUCCUUUCCAAAGGAAGGCUAUUUUACGAAGGGAGACACAUCAUGUGCUACAUUCUGGAGUGCCAAUCCAAGAUAUGACCUUCUAACAGAAGGCACAUUUGCAGCAGUGGAGAGGCUUCAAGGGGAAAGAUGGAUUGCUGUGUAUGAUGAUGACGAUUUAAGCUUGUUUCUCAAGUGGAAAGUAGAUAAUAGUUCCUAUCAAGGCCUGGCUACCAUAGAAUGGGAAAUACCAAAUGAAGCAGUUUCUGGAGUAUACAGACUAAAACACUUUGGAGCAACAAGGGUCACCAUUUUGUCCCCUAUUAGUUACUUUGUUGGUGCUUCAAGUGCAUUUGCAGUGCAAUAAGAUAGGAGCCCUGUUUUAUUGAAAAUGUUUUAAUCAAAUACAAAAGAUCCAAUACUUUUCAUGUUGCAUAUUAUUCAAGGGCUAGGAAUACAUAACAAUGUACUCAUUUAUCCCUCCAAAUCACAUAUCAAAGACACUGUCCUUUACUCAAUAAAUCAAAAGCUUUAUUGAUGUCUUUAAACUCCACCUC